CCUGCCCAAACGAUACAGACAGAUUGCUGGGAAUAUAGCUACAGUGCCGCAUAUUUUGACUUUACGAUUGGCAGGUUUUAUUUAUCUACUGAAAACCAUUUUGUAGUGUUUCCAAAAUGAGCGAUGUCGAGGCACGUAUUUUCAAAACUCGCUGAGACGAUGAUAGCAUAAUAACGAUAUCCAGCUUGUUAGCUACCGUUAGCAAGGUGUCAGAUGCUAGCCAAGUCAGCUAACAUAGCUAGCUAGCUAUGUGACCCCCGGCAGCUAGUCGAAAAAAGUUGUUUUGGAGAAGCUCUUUUGGGAAAGUAAAGUAAUGCAGAUCAGCUGUUGAACAUUUGUUUAUAUUCGUUGUAAAUCAACAAGGAAACCAACAGGCAAAGUCCGAUGUGUUUAUUUCCGUUAGCACCGUUGCGUGGUUGAAAUCCAAGCUAGCAAUCGAAUAGGUAGCUAGCUUAGCUGCAACAUAAACGACAACAUCCAUCAAACUGGACAAAACUUUGGAUUUAGUCGGGUUUAAAUCGGGCUCGGCGGGUUCGCUGACCCCUCAAAAGAAGAUGAAGAAGAGGAAGGAGCUGAAUGCCUUGAUCGGACUCGGGGACAGCAAGAGAAAGAAGACCAAAAAGGGCUCCGGUCACCGACUUCUCCGAACCGAGCCGCCGGACUCGGAGUCCGACUCCAGCUCGGACGAUGACGAGUUCAACAACCUGAGCAGCGGAGCUAACUUUGGAAAAAGAAGCUACUCGCAGUGCUGCAAUGUGUGCUACCCCUUGUUUCUGUUCAUCAUACUUGCUGCCUGCGUAAUGGCCUGUGCCGGACUCAUAUGGAUGCAGAUUGCUCUGAAAGAGGAUCUAGACUCACUGAAAGAAAAGCUGCAUAGCAUGGAAUCCAGCCAGAAGGUCUCAUCAAGUGAAAUACCAAAACUUAGUGAGGACCUGAAAAACAAGGAGAAAAAGCUUGAUGAUCUUGAAAACGGAGACAAGGGGUUGAGCAAGCUCUGGUCUAACCUAACAGAAAUGAACAGAAAGAUCAGUUUGCUGGACUCUGCGGUAAACCAUUUAAAAACCAACUUAAAAUCAGCUGCCGACUUAAUCAGCCUUCCCACUACAGUUGAAGAGCUUCAAAAGAGUGUUGCUACAAUUGGCAGUACACUAACAAGUGUACAGCAUGACGUGAAGACUAUGCAGGCUGCGCUGGAAAAUCAGAAGAAAGAUGAGGAGUUGAAGAAGACAAUGGACAUAACCGACCUGAGAAAAGCAGUGAGUGAGGCUAACAAGACAGAGGAGCUGCAUCUUACACAGACUGAUGAGCAGAUCCACAUCCUCGUCUCUACGGUCACAGAUCUUCAGCAGAGAGUGUUGUCAUUAGAGAACGGGUCAAAGCAAAGCUCAAAGGACAAUAACGCAGCAGCAAUUGCCAGUGAAAGUCCAGCGACUGUGACGGUGAACGAAGCUACGCCAACCAAAGCAACGCCUGGGGAUGUGCACGAGGUAUCCACACCACUGACAGAGCCUCAGACAAGCAGACGCCCACGCUUCUUAAAGCCAAACCGCUCUAAGAGAAAUGCUGAGACAGCUUGCCCAAAGAGGGUGUUCCUUCCUGGUGUCAGUUCUCUAAAAGAUUUGGAAGACAUCUUUCAGCAAGCAGGAAUUGGACGUAAUUUACUCGGGUUUACCUACCGCGGCCUGAGGAAAGAAUUUGGAACAUCACUUCCCAGUGUUCGUACCAUGGAGUGUUUUGACAAUGAUGGAGACCAGAGGUACUCCCUGAUGGAGCUGAGAGCUGCUGUAGGUUUGUGAGCACAUUAUCACUGACAGUGUUGAAUACCCAGCAGGGUCUGGGGGUUCGAAGUUCCGGACCCUUUUCUGUAAUUGCUGCACUUUUGUGAACUGAAUAUUUAUCAUACUGAUUGUGGAACAGUGGCGCUGGCAUGCCCCAUACUUACUCCCUCUCCCCGGUCUAUUCCAACACUUCCUCGUCCACAAAACAUACGCUUACAUUUUAAACUUAAAUCUAUAUCAGUACUAUAUGCAGAAUAUUCAGCACUUAUUUUAGCAACUCCCUUGGUUUAAAUAAAAUAAACAGUGGAAAAAGUGUUAUUUUGAAUCCCGUUUUCCAUCCUUAAUUCUGACUUGCUGUUUUAAUUUUGUUAGUCAGUCGGUCUUAUGUAACUUCUUUGUAGGCUUUGUCAGUCUACUUCCCCACCCAGCAACAAAAACACCUGAUGGAACGCCCCUGAACCUUAUUUAUAGUACCUAAGAUAGAAUUUUAGGAAUGUUUACAAAUUAAUACUAGAAACUGUUUUUUGUGAGUCUUCUGUUUUGAGACGGAUUCCUAACUUUUAACUGAAACACACAAUUGAGCAUACAAGUGAGAAAUGAUCUCCAAGCUCGACAAGGUUUCAGAUUCCUUUUGUUUUUUCCCCCUCUUAUUUUCACUUAGUUGCUACAUUUUCGUUGAUGUUUAGUCAAUCUGUACAUUUUUGCAGCUUUCAGUUCUACAAGUUUUGAAGGGCUAUGAACACUUUGAAUCAUUAAGAAAUAGUUUUGAAGUAACUCAUGAGGCAUAUGUAGCAAUAACAAAAUGACAGAUAUUGCUUGUUUAAAAUUGCAGUAGCAGAAGGCACACCUAGCUCACAAUGUGUAACAGGUAGUAUAAGAAGCACUGACCACCAUUCUUUACUUGAUUCAUUUUAUUCCAUUUUUAAUGGGACUAAUAAUGGUGUAUUUACAUAGCAAAUUUGUCAUACUCAAACAUUGUUGUACUCUGUAAAAAUGGUUUAAAUGUAUUCUCACAAAUUAUCUUGUGAAGGGGGUUGGGUCUAGUUAAAUUUGAUUUUAUGGUCUUACUCAACAUUGAACAUUUCUUAAAUAAUUCUGUUGUGCUUUGCAUGUUGCUUAUAAUGUAACAUGAACAAAUUAUUUAUGAACUUAACAUAGUCGACUAGUUGUUUUUGGAGGACAAUGUAACAGCUUUGGCCAUCAUGACAGAUUGUGGGUCCCUGCUGCUGUACAUGGGGAGAUUUUAUGAAUGUUUUUGUGUGAGCACCAAUGAAUAAACACAAAGUUGAAAAGUUU